UCCACGCGUUUUUGUUUGUAUGGUUAAUUUAUUUGUAUUAUUUGUUAUUUCGCAGUUAUAUUGUUAUUAUGAGUAAAAGAUAGUAUUACUAAUAGUGAUAUUUUUCAACAUUCUUGCAUUUCCGAUUAUUGAAAGUAAGACUGUAAGUUGUAUCAUAUCCUUGUUCCAAUCUUAACUGAGCAACAUGGCUGACCAAUCGGAUAAUCCAGGUGGUGAACAAAGUGAAGAACAAACCAACCAAGAACAGCCGAGACCAACAGGAAACCCAGUAAUGAGUCACAUGAUGAGUAACAAGGUUGCAGUUGCACUCUGGUUGACGAGGAUUUUCACUGUUGUGUGCACAGUGCUGUACAUGCUGCCACUCUUUGGCGGCAACCCGUUGAGUUUCUACUACCGUGCAUUGAUCAGCAGUGCCGCCACCAGUGCCCUGCGACUCCACCAGCGGCUGCCCAACUUCCAGCUGAGCCGUGAAUUCUUGGCGCGACUCUUCCUAGAAGACAGCUGUCACUAUCUGUUGUUUUCCAUCAUCUUCAUCAACAGUCAUCCCAACACAAUGGCUCUGGUACCUGUCUUUCUGUUUGGACUCCUGCACGCUUCUACAUACACAACCACCAUCCUUAACCUUAUGGGACCACAGUCAAUGAUGUUCUUAAGAAACAUGCUCACCAAGCUCCAGACUCAGCAAGUGAACAUUCUCAGAUUUAUUGCCUGUAACGAGAUCUUCCUUAUGUUGGCCAUUAUUGCCAUGAUGUUCAGUGGCAAAGCCAGUUUAAUCCUGCCAUUUGUAUAUUACCGUUUUCUGACCCUCCGCUAUUCCUCCCAGAGAAAUCCAUAUUGCAGGACACUGUUCAGCGAGUUGCGGAUGACCAUUGAACACCUGUGUAAUAAACCCCAAUGUCCACAGAUCGUAAGGAACAUCACAAACAAAGGCAUUUCCUUGAUAACCCGACUGGCACCAGCCGUCAAUCCCCCACAAUAAAUAUGUACAUUAUUUAUUCAUUGUGAUAUUUAUCCAGACCAAGUGUUGUACGUUGUACAACGGUUUCCAUCUGUUAAUGAAUUUGUCUUGUUCUGUAAUGAUCAUGAACUCGUUCAUUAGUUGCAUCUUUGUGAAUGUGUGUAGGUGUGAUUAUGUGAAUGUUUCUUCAUUUUUGUAUACGAUACUGAUGGGUCUUAAGCAGGUGGAUAACAUUUCACAUGAUUUAUUGCCAGUAGUUCAGGAUUAAAUAUAUUCACUUUCAAAAUAAGAUGGUGGUUCAUAUUGUAAGCUAGUAAAUUGUUCUUUGUGGAUUCUUUGUGCAAUUUACAAAAGGUCAAAGUUUAAAGCUUGUUUUGUUCAAAAGGUAUUUAUUCCUUUAUUAUAUGCAGCAUUCCUAAACAACCUUAUUCAUUUAACAAUUUACUUUAUCACUUAUUACGGAGAACACAGCGUGAGAUUUAGUGUUUUUCAGCGAUCUUCAACAUGUGUGAUAUUGAUUUAAAGAUAUCCACAGUGACGGUCGCUACAGUCAUACCAUCGAAUAAAAAAAAUUCAGAACUAAAAUUGAUUGUUCUAUGAUGUAUAAAUUAACUGCAAGCACAAGUGCCGUAAAUGGGUUUUAGUUUGAGAAAGACCUUUAAAUUUCUUUUUUAACCUAAUUUUUAUCUUACAACUUGUAUAUAAAUGCUUUCAACUUGUUUUGGCAACAACUCGUAAGAUAAAUAAUAUCUAUUGGUUACUCGUAUAGUAUUCUCUAGUUUAGUUUUAAUUUGUGCUGAUACAAUAAUUAAUACUGAGAAAGAAAUGGAUGUUUUACAGCUAGGUAAAAUAAGACAACACUUGACUAUUGAUAAACACUAAAAUAAACGGAGACUUCAGUGGACCAUCAAAAUAACAACUAGUGGCUUUCUGUUCGAUUUCUAGAGGCUUCCAUUCUUUUUAGCAAAAUUACCAUUCAAGAUUACUACUAAUGAACUUGAAAAUGCAGAGAUGCUUGGAUAUAGCUAUUGGUCUUUAGGGUGAUGCAGGGAGUUUUAGACUUUAUUUAUCAUUUUAGUGUCUAGUUUAAUAGUUUUACUAAGUGUUUCAGUGUGGAUGGACGUAUCUAUUUCAAGUAGUAUGUUGCAUAAUUUGUAAAUGUCCACAUAUUAUAUAUGUUAUAUGUUCUACAAGUUUGAAAGUGAUGUAAUCCGAUAGUUAAUGUGUUUGGAACUGAGGCAAUUGAUCUCAACAUUAGUACAGUGAUUAAUUUUUAAAUGACACUUGCUAAUGGAAACCAUGAGAGCAGCAAGUCUAAUGAUAUCUAAUCUUGAAUACUGUAAAUACUCAUUAUUCAGCAGCACUAUUUUCAUAUCUAAAUGCCGUACCAUAUUCCAAACAAAUUUGUAUCAGGUAUUGGAUCAAAGUCUUAUCUAUUAUUUGUACAUUCUUUGUGAUGUGUUGUGAAUAAUCGGGGUUUUUUGUUGUAAAUUUUAUCAUUUAGAAAAUUUGUUCUUUGAUUAGACAUGCACAUAUAACAAUAAAUUCGGUGGUGUUUUUUUUAAUCAACCAUUUAAUGCAUGGUCUAAAAUCUGACACAACUACUACCUUCACAAGGGUUAUGGGCCUAUGAUUUAAUAGAAAAUUUGUAAAUCCUCAAUUCUGGAAUAUUAUAUUGUUACUUAAUUUGUGACACUUAAUUGAAGCUAUACUCUGUCAAUUGUGGUUGCUAGGCAGUAUUUUGUUUUCAAAAUUUUGAUUUGUGACCAUCAAUUGGUAAUCAAUUUUCAACCAGAUUAGCACCUACCACCUACAAGUUUAGAAGUAAGAAGCAAUUUUUGAAACUUGAAUAGUGAAUCACAAUUAAUUUUGAAUUAUAUGUUCCCUGAAAGGAGCCCAUAUCAGUCAUAUGUUUAUAACAUGACCUUAUUUUUCUUAAAGUAAUAAUGGUUUGUAGUUCACCAUGAAAGAAAUUAACAUAAAGAGGUAUCUUGAAUACAUUUUUAAAGUCAGAUAAAUACCAUAAACGGUAAAAUCAGUCUUAAAAUUGACACACACUUAAGGGCACAAUGUUUCACGCAAACUGUCCUGUUCACAUGUUGAUUACGCAAUCUUAACUUUGUGCAAACCAUCGGUCGGUUACUUGAUAAACCAUUAUACAUUCUGAAUAAGUUUACCAAGUAUAAAAAAAACCCCGAUUUAUGUUUUAUUUCAUAUUCCUUAAAUUUGCGGUAUCAGCUGGAAAUACUGGCAUUGAAACAAGUUCAGUGCAAAUUUGAGGACAUUGAUUAGGUUGUGCAUACUAUAAUUCACACACCAGUUACCUUGGUAAAAAUCACAUGACCAGACUUCCAAUUACCUGAGAUUUUGAAAUAGUUCCCUUCACUUUUAAUGUUUAUAAUGCAUGUGUUGAUCUUGCCAUUUAGUCGAUUGAACAUGUUUUUAUUGAUAGUUCCAAUUCUGACUGAUAUGCCAUGUCUGUUCAUUAGUGGCAGCUCACAUCACAUAUUCUCCGUUUACUCCCAGUCAUAUGAGUUGCAUAAUGGUCAAAAGUACCAAAUUUGUGUGUGAAAUGUAAAGAUUAUACCUCGAAUUACAUGCCCCAAUAAAUGUUGUAUAUCUUAUAAUUUCAUUUACUACUACUACUAAUUUUAUAUUGUUUCAAUUUCAAUAACAGGUUAACAUGUGACAUAACAGUUUAAAUUUUGAUUGUAUUUUGACAUAACUGGCUGCUAUUUAAUUAAUACGUAAUUAAUAUUUUUUGCUGUACUUUGUAUUUUCCACCAAGGAUUCUCCAUUUAUACACAAGUGACAACACAUUACACUUUUGAUGUUCUCGAGUUAAUUAUUCAAAGAUUAUAUUUGGGAUGAAUUAAUUUGUAGUUAUUUAUCACAAAUACAUAUAAAAAUGGCAAAAGUAAGGCACAUGCUACAUUACAAAUGCACCUUUAAUUGUAUGGGCACUACAUUUGGUUCAUCCUUACAAUUAUUUUUCCAAAAUAUUUUGAUGUAUUGGAUAUUGUAUUCAGUACAUACCUGUGGCUUUAGUCAAUAAUUUACAAUUGGUGAACGUUAAUCAAAAUUGUACAUGAAUAUUGUAGUAGGCCAAGGAAAAAGUUUUUCAUUCUUUGUACUUGUUGCUGAAGUAUGUGCAGAAAAUAAAGCUUUAUCUUUAAAAACUUAA